GAUUCUCACUGAUUGGGGUUUGAAAGGUCUCUACUUUUAUUUUUUUUCGCUGCAGAGACAAAAAAAAAAAAAAAAGACUAGGUUUUUUUCAGAGAGUUCUUCUUUGAGGCAUUCACAAAAAAUGUCGUUGAUCAAAUCCUAUUUUUUUCUUCUUUGGUUUGCUGUGUGUGAAAUUGGUGUAAUGUGUGCAGACAUUGGUGAACUGUGUGAAAAGGCGAAACAAUCGAAUUGAAGACGCGACUCCAGUAGCUUUCUCAAAUUCUUCCAAUUGGGUUCAGACACGUCUUCUCGAGACAGGUACUCUGGAUCUCAGAAGAACUGCUCUGUUCUUGUCUGAACGAGCCUUUUCUAGUCUAAGUAAAGUGGGGAAAGCCUCUUACAGAGAGAGGUGAGAAACGGGAUUGCUGAUAUCAAGAAAGACGAUGCUGUUGAGCUCUUCGGAUCCAUGCUUCAGUCUCGUCCCCUUCCUACCAUCAUAGAUUUCGGUAGAUUGUUUAGUGCCGUGGCCAAGACAAAACAGUACCAUCUCGUCUUGUCCCUCUGCAAGCAGUUGGAGUUGCAGGGUAAUAAUUUACAUAACAACUACACUCUGAGUAUAACGAUCAACUGCUUCUGCCGUCUCCGGAGACUCGGCUUCGCUUUUUCUGCUAUGGCUAAGAUGUUGAAGCUUGGGUACGAGCCUAACACUGUCACGUUUACAACUCUGGUGAAUGGGUUAUGUCUCCAAGGUAGAUUUUCAGAAGCCGUGGCGUUAGUAGAUAGAAUGGUGGAAAUGAAAGUUAGACCGAACCUCGUGACGCUCAACACUCUUGUCAACGGACUUUGUCUCAAAGGUCUAGUGUCUGAAGCUGAAGCACUAGUGGAUAGGAUGGUGGAACAUGGAUGUCAACCCGAUCAGUUUACCUACGGUCCGAUCUUGAACAGGAUAUGCAAGUCAGGGAACGCUGUCUCAGCCUUGGAUCUGCUCAGGAAGAUGGAAGAUAGAAAGGUCAAGCCUGAAGCAGUUACAUAUAAUAUGAUUAUCGAUUGUCUAUGCGAAAAUGGGAGUCUCGAAGAUGCGCUCAAUCUUUCCAAUGAAAUGGAAAGGAAAGGGAUCAAAGCAGACGUCAUCACCUACAACACUCUUGUAAGAGGCUUUUGUAACGCUGGUAGAUGGGAUGAGGGUGGAGAGUUGUUGAGGGAUAUGAUCACAAGGGGAAUCACCCCCGAUGUCGUCAUGUUCAGUGCUUUGAUUGAUUGUUUUGUGAAAGAGGGAAAGGUUAAGGAAGCUAAAGAGCUGUACAAUGAGAUGGUCGCAAGAGGUAUAGAACCUGACACCAUUACAUAUACUUCUUUGAUACAUGGGUUGUGCAUGGAGAACCGCCUAGACGAGGCCAACAACAUGCUGGAUCUGAUGGUCAGCAAGGGAUGCGAACCGAGUGUCGUGACUUAUAAUACUUUUAUAAACGGGUAUUGUAAGGCUAAACGGGUUGAUGAUGGAAUGAGACUUUUCCGUGAGAUUUCUUUGAGAGGGUUUGUUGCUGAUACAGUCACAUAUAACACUCUCAUCCAGGGGUUUUGUCAAGCGGGUAAACUUGAUGUCGCCAAAGAACUCUUCCAAGAAAUGGUUUCUCGUGGCGUGGAACCCAGUGUCGUGACUUAUGGUAUUUUGCUAGAUGGGUUGUGUGACAAUGGAGAACUAGAAGAAGCAUUGGACAUACUUGAUAAAAUGCACAAGUGUAAGAUGGAUCCUGAUAUCGGUAUCUAUAACAUCAUCAUUCACGGGAUGUGCAAUGCUAGUAAGGUAGACGAUGCUUGGGAUCUAUUCUGUAGCCUUCCUCAUAAAGGAGUGAAGCCUGAUGUGAGAACAUAUACUAUAAUGAUUGGAGGAUUAUGUAAGAAAGGCUCACUGUCUGAAGCGGAUAUGCUGUUUAAAAAGAUGGGAGAGGAGGAUGGGAUUGCGCCGAAUGAGCGUACAUACAACACGAUGAUCAGAGCUCAUCUAGGAGGUAGUGGUGUAGCCACUUCAGUUGAACUCAUAGAAGAAAUGAAGAGGUGUGGGUUUGCUGCAGAUGCUUCCACCAUGAAGAUGGUUAUUGAUAUGUUAUCUGAUGGUAGAUUGAACAAAAACUUCUUGAGUAUGCUUUCUUGAGUGUGUCUGAUCUUAUCUAUAAAGAGAAAGUCACUCAUUAGCACACUGCUGUUAUUCUCUAGCACUGUCUCUCACUAGGGGUUGUGGUUUGGCUUUUGUUGCAGUUAUAUAAUUCUUGUAACAAUAAUUGAGAAAAAGAAAAUGAAAUAUAGUCUUUAU